AUGUGGUUAGAUGUGAUUGAGAAUGUGGACAGUGGACGUUUGAAAGAAAGAAUUGAGGAAUCGGGUCAAGUGGAAGUUUAAGAUGGGGAGGACCAACCCUAAAUAAUUGGGAUGAAGGUGAAAAAAAAAGAAAAAUAUACAAUUGCUUUUUUAUAUUACAGGAUUCUAGAUUUUCUUCAAAUUGUGAUAUACCUAAAAUACCCUUUGAAUUGCCUAAACAAUUCGCACAAUCAAUUUCAGAAAAUCUUGACAAAAUUAAAAAAAAACAGGUGAAAGAUGGUAAGUAAAUUGGAUAGCCUUAGGAUAUUGAUUAUAAUUAUUAGUGUAAGUAUUUAAUGUAAUAUUCUUCAAGGUGUUAAUGGUGAAAUCAAUAAAAUUGAGUUGAACGCUGGUCCAAGUAAAAUAAUAUUGAAAUCUGUGUCUUCAGUAUAUUCAAAAGAUGUCCUUAACGAGACUGGUACUUCUUUAGUUAAAGUAAGUGAGAUAGAACAUGAAAUUCCAAGCAUAAGAAGAUCAUUGCGUACAUACGACAAACCUAAAGAAAAAGAACUACAAGAUUCAGCCAAAAAGACAAACAAAUUACCACAAAUGAAGAACAAAACUGAUAUAAAAAAAAGAAACAGAUUCUAA